AUGCGAUCUACGCACCCAGUGAGAGAGCGGGAAUCGACAACGGGGAGGCCUCAGAAAUCACCGUUCACUCGACAACGUCUGGGAUGCCUGACAUGCCGCCGAAGGAAGAAGAAAUGCGACAUGACGUAUCCUGUCUGUGGCCACUGCACGAGGCUCAACCUGGCUUGUAAUAGAGAAGUGCCCCGUGAGCUGGCAAGUGGCUCAACUGCCGAUUCCUCUGCUCUCAGACAGGCAACGGCUCCCCAUAGUAUACAUGGCUCUGGCAGUGCUGAGGGCCCCGAGCUGGCUGGUUCACCGCCGACAACGUCAGCAUCGAUCCACCUAGGCAAUGUGCUUAGCCAUUCCAAAAUAUGGCAGACAUUGGACCCAUCUGUGAUACAUGGUGGUGAACUCGCUGCCAGCCGUCGGUCCAUGUUACGAUACUAUAUACAGAUAUUUGCGUUCAUGCUUACAACAAACGUCGAAAACAACUGCUUUCUGACUGUUUUACUCCCCAUGUCCUUUGAGUCUCCAGCCCUCAUGAAAGCCCUGGCUGCGUGGUCAUCCUCGCACCUAGCGCUCAGAAAUCAAGCGUUCACCGAUGUUGCGCUCCAGCACAGGGGGUCGGCCCUCCGGAAUUUCAAAGUGGCAAUGGAAGAUGAAGAUCUGUCUACUGAGGUAGCGUUAGCAGCCACCCUCGUAUUCUGUUCGUUGGAUGUGAUAUCAGAUGGCACUGGCUCAUGGUACCACCACUUGCGUGGCGGCGCGGCUCUACUGAUCUCAAACCAGCGGGAAUCUGGCAUCACGCCAGCAAUAUCACCCUCCUCCAAGACAAUGGAGCAACUUCAAUCGUAUGAGGGAAAGUGGCUUCUGAAGAACUUUGCCUACCAUGAUAUCUUGGCCAGCAUUACAAUGAACACGCGACCUCUGCUUGGCGGAGAGUACUGGAUCUCCUCAGGAGACGACUCAGCUGCGGAUCCAUACUUCGGUCUGGCAGAACGCAUCCUUCAUCUGAUCGCGGAGAUUAGCCACCUCAAUGCCGAAAUGACUGAGGCGAAGCAAUUGGAAGCUACGCCGGAGGCAUUGGCCAAUACUAUCACCUCAUUUUCAUCACGGGCACGGGCUAUUGAAGACGAACUCCGUGAGUGGAAAUGUCCUUCAGCGGGUUUCAGCCCUGCUCUGGUCUCUUUGGCACAAGCCUACCGCUCUGCAGCAAGGAUUCAUCUAUAUCGAACAAUUCGAGCCCAUAUUCCUGAUGCUGCUGAGCAUACACAUUCGAAGAUCCAGAGUCAAGUCAAGUCUAUUGCUGAAGCUGUAGGGAACAUCCCUGAAGGGUGUCUACCUGAGUGCACGCUGCUGUUUCCCGUAUUCAUGGCGGGCGGUGAUGCAGAGGAUUCUAGAGACAUCUGGAUUAUUCGCAACAAGCUGGAAUCCAUGAACCGGUGGCGAUGCUUCCGCAAUGUGGAGGCGGCGCUCGAUGUGCUUGACGAGCUGUGGCGCUUGAACGCGACACGGGCCGGAGGUGAAUCUGGUGAUCGGAUCGACUGGUUAGACGUGAUUAAACGUAGAGGCUGGAAGUUGGCAAUCAGCUGA